AUGACUUCUCAAAUCCUGCUAGGAUUUCCCAGCGAUGUGCUUUCCUCUGCGCCGAAGCCCUGGGAGUCGUGUCAGCCCAAGGUGAGCCUUUCAGGCAGUGAUCUUUAUCCCCAUCUGGAGAGGAAGGUGCAGAAUCAGCCAGCCGCGCUGGUUUUGGAGGUGGGGAUGGUGGAAACGGAAAGGCCGCUUGUUCUAAUUAAAGACAAUGGGCAACCCUGUGAGGAGCUGUCCUUUAGCCUUCGCUUGAGGCAGAAAGGGUCUGUCUCACCUCAGGAGUUAAGUCUGUUUGAGCUGGCUGGCGGGGCGCAGACCAGAAGGCCCGCGAGCCGCGCUGGGCUCAGGUGA